AGAAAGCUCUGUCCUGCAACCCCUGCCACUGAAGUCACCAAAAAGUCCGCGCGUGGCGGCCAUCAGCAGGGUGCCCCAAAUUACAACAAAGAGGACAUCAGUGCCCUUCUUACAGCCUGCGGGGAGCAUUUGCCGGUGGGUGCAAAGAGCUGGAGUGCCAUUGAAACGACCUUUGGUCAGUGGGCUGAUGAAAAUUCUCGCCCUGCUCGUUCUGCAAAGUCUCUUGAAUUAAAAUUCAAGCAGCUGGUUCAUACUACCAAACCCACCGGAGAUGCUGAGUGUCCCCCUCACAUUGAACAUGCUCAUCAAAUCGACAGCGACAUUAACGAGAGAGCUGGUACACAAGACCUUGAUGACAAGGAUAUUGCAGAUGAAGUUCUUGUCAUUAGUGACCAAGAGGAUAACCUGCAGCCAAAGGCUUGUAACCCUAGACUGGGUCCUAUUGCUCGUCAUUCUGUCACCCCAGCUCCGUGUGCAUCACGCAAUUCACAUACCCCAGGCCUUGAGCUUCUGACAACAAUCUCGACUUCACUUGAUCCCCAUCUCCAAGCUGCUCAAGAUGACGAACAGACGGCACGCACGCUGCAGUCCACACAAGUCAUGUCACUCUCAAACCAGUUGCGAGAUGCCCACAUGACCAUCAAUAGCCUCCGUGAUCAACUCCUGCAGGCCGAACGUGAGUGCAGCAAUGCAGAACGUCGUGCUGACCACUUUGAAAUGCAGUUGCAGAUGGCACAAGUUCUCCGUGGG